AUUACACAUAGAUAGAGCUAUGGAAUUACAGCAAAGAGUAGGCUAGGCCUAUAUUAUAAUUGUAUAUUUCUGUAAGCCUAUACAAACAUUUGACUGAUAUAAGAUUGCAGUUGAAGAUGACAUCUUUACAUAAGAUAGUACCUUUUACAAGAGGAUUAAUGAAGAGUAGUACAACAGGGUAUCCAUCUUAUGUGUUAACCAGAUGUCUCAGCACUUCACAAAGCUCUAAAAACAAGGUAUACGGUAACUUGAAAGAUGAAGACAGGAUUUUCACAAACCUUUACGGACGUCAUGAUUUUCGUCUCAAGGGUGCUUUGGCAAGGGGUGACUGGUACAAGACUAAAGAAAUCCUUCUGAAGGGUCAUGAGUGGAUUAUAAACGAAGUGAAAACCUCUGGACUUAGAGGGCGUGGAGGUGCAGGAUUCCCGACUGGCUUGAAGUGGAGUUUCAUGAACAAACCUGAUGAUGGCAGGCCAAAGUACCUUGUUGUUAAUGCAGAUGAAGGGGAACCUGGAACAUGCAAAGACAGGGAGAUAAUGCGUCAUGAUCCCCAUAAGCUAAUAGAAGGUUGCCUAGUAGCUGGCAGGUCUAUGGGAGCAAGAGCAGCGUACAUAUAUAUUAGAGGAGAGUUCUACAAUGAAGGUACCAACAUGCAAGUGGCAAUUAAGGAAGCUUACGAUGCUGGGCUCAUUGGCAAGAAUGCUUGUGGUUCAGGAUAUGACUUUGAUGUGUACAUGCAUCGAGGGGCUGGAGCAUAUAUAUGUGGUGAGGAGACAGCAUUAAUUGAGAGCCUAGAAGGUAAACAAGGAAAGCCUAGAUUGAAACCGCCAUUUCCAGCUGACGUGGGAGUGUUUGGGUGUCCAACGACUGUUGCAAACGUGGAGACUGUUGCUGUCGCACCUACAAUCUGUCGUCGUGGAGCAUCGUGGUUUGUGUCAUUUGGUCGUGAGCGUAAUUCUGGCACCAAGUUAUUUAAUAUCUCGGGAAACGUAAACACUCCGUGCACCGUGGAGGAGGAGAUGUCCAUUCCUUUGAAGGAGUUAAUUGAGCGUCAUGCAGGGGGAGUUUGUGGUGGUUGGGAUAACCUUGCAGCUGUCAUCCCUGGUGGAUCUUCAACACCACUUAUACCAAAGCAUGUUUGUGAUGAUGUGAUGAUGGACUUCGAUGCACUGGUGGCAGCUCAGACUGGUCUUGGAACUGCCGCAUUGAUAGUAAUUGACAAACAAGCUGAUAUAGUUGAUUGUAUUGCUAGAUUAAUUGACUUCUACAAACACGAAAGUUGUGGACAGUGUACACCUUGUAGAGAAGGUAUGGGAUGGAUGAAACAAGUUAUGGAUAGAUUUGUUGUUGGAAAUGCAAAACCAUCAGAAAUAGACAUGCUCCAAGAACUAACGAAACAGAUUGAGGGUCAUACCAUUUGUGCUCUGGGGGAUGGUGCAGCGUGGCCUGUGCAAGGUUUGAUUCGUCACUUCAGACCAGAACUUGAAGCAAGGAUGAAAAAAUUCAAUGAAGAAAAAGCACCGGCUGCUGCCUCAGUUUAAUUGUUAAAGAACAGUCAGUAGUUAAAUUUUCUAGCCAUAAUGUAAAUAAAAAUCCUCUCAGAAAUGUAUUAGGAAGUACUACAGUGUUUGGAGUGUGGAUUAUCUUACAACUACUGUGCAAUUUCUAACGAUGUCACCAUAUUAAUUUACAGAAUUAUUGCUUUCCAUAGUAAAAUAUAGUUAAAUCUUCAUAUUUCACAUUACAUUAAACAUAAGUUAUUUUGUCACAAAAUGAAUUAUUAAAAAUUAAAGAAUUCUUGACGAACAAGAA